GGUACAUCAGUCGGAGGAAAUUUCUGCUAUUCGGUGAUAGCUGAGAUUUUUUGCUGCAAGCCAAUUAAUAGUUUUUUUCCUUUUUGCCCUUUAAUAGAUGAGUUUAAAAUGGAAGCAAGAAAUCCAAGCCUGACAUUCACAUUUUCGUGAUAAUGCUGAGAAAGGUAUGGCGGAGGCUAUCGUCCGUGAAUGGAUUGCGGAUUACAAGUCACUACGAAGUGCAGAAAUUCAUAGCUUUGGCUGUACCAUAUCUCAAAAUAAUGAGUUGAUUCAAGCAGUUUUCACGGUUUUAGAUGAAAAACGUUACCGAGAAGAGUUACUGGAACCACUAUGCCAUCAGUUCUUCAGUUUCUACAGAUCUCGAGAAGAGAACUUGCAAAAUUUUGCUCGCCAGUACAUACCUUCCCUCAUAGGUUUGUACUUAAGCAGUGUUGCCAAGGGUAACAGGAAGAAUGUCAGAUGUGUUGAAGUUGUAUUACUAGGAAUUUAUAAUUUGGAAGUUAUUGAUUCUUCUGGAAAAGCAGCCUGCCUAUCAUUUCGUAUUCCUUUAUUGUCAAAACCAUCCAUAUAUCAUGAGCCUAUAAGCUUAUCUCACUCUGCGUUGUCUGAACGUGCUCUUUCUACUUUAGAAUAUGCUGAAAACAGAAUGAUCACUGUUGGUCCUUUCUCUGAAGUAGAAAAAAUUAAUGCUAGCAAUAGGUUACUUGUGAUGACUGUUCUUAUGUGGCUAUAUAAUCAACAUAUUGGGUGUAUGUCAACGUUUUCUCAUAUAUCUGUGUGUAAAAUGUGUUCCAGGCUUGUGAAACAAGGUUUUAAUAGAACUAGUAGGCCAAACUAUGGAAGUGAAUGUACAAGUGGUUAUAACAAUCCUCAUCCUCGUCCUAUAGCAAGGAUACCUCUUUCAUCGGGCCUGCUUUUAGAAUUAAUCCAUGCUGUGUAUUUUGCAACGUUUAAUGGAUUAGAUAUGGGUUCACAAACACUGGAGGAGCUUCAUAACAGAGCCAUGCAGGAAAUGAUGUCUGACGUUCUGUUGGUCACAAAUGCAGUUCGUAAUUCACUAAAACAGAAUCCAUCGGGUCAGCCUUCUGAUGGCCCAAUGGGCAUCAGCGUAGCUCUUUCUCCUACAACUGUCAGCACCGUUUCUAGGGCUAUCACAAAUGCUUCAUUUCGUGCAAAGAAACUUCCAGAUGAUAUACCGAUUCAAGAAGGAGAAAACAGCGAAGCCCACCAGCUGUCGGCCAUCAGCGAGGAAGCCGAAGAGAACGAAAGCCAGCCAUCCAAAAGCAGCAAGAAACCUGGAAGCAGUAGCAAUUCUAGCAAUCCCGGGCUAACAAAAGUUGGAGUACUGCAGCUGAGAAAGGGCAAGGAUAAGAAGAAAGACAAAGAUCUCCUGAACGGCGAUUCGGUCGACAAGGGAAAGACCAACGGCAAGUUGAGCUCGGCCGACGAGGGCCUGGAAGUCGGCUUCUCCAACGGAGACCAGGUAUCUCUGCGUAAUUCUUAUUCUUGUAGGACUGACUUGCAGAUGCCCAAAAGCCCGUUGGGCAGCAGUAGCAUUCCAGGCGAGGAUGGAUUCGACUUCAAAGAUAGUCUGAGCAACGCCAAAUAUGUCACGAGCUCCGGCUCGGACGUGGUCAUCACGAACGACGGCACCUGCAUUUUGAAGUCUAUUUUGCAUAAAUCCGAAUCCUCUAAUGGCCUGCAGAAUUCCUCGAUGCAAACUGCCGUGUAAUAUACUUUGUGUUUCCGAGUUUAAACUGAGGAGUUUAUUUUUUAAAUUUAUUUGUAAAUAUAUUCGUCUCUGAACCAAAUCUGUAAUUAGAUGAAUUUUACAAAUUGUUUUU